AUGGCGAUGAUCCCAGACUUGCUUGUCACCAGAUACCUCACAAAACUAACAGAUUUUCUUGAGGGAGAGAUCUGCAAAGUGAUCGGCGUGAAGGAAGAGAUCAAAAAGUUUAAAAGGAGAUUGGAAAGACUCAGCCCCUACCUUCAGGAUGCCGAGCAGAAGAGGCACCAAGAUAAUCGAGUGAAUAUUUGGUUGAGGGACUUAAAAGGCAUAGUCUACGACGCCGAAGACAUCAUCGAACUCUGCACGCUUCAUGGUGGCAGCGAGUUAAUGAGCCUUCAGCCAUCGUCUUCUACACUAGUAAGCCGUCCCUUCACUCUGCUUGCUUCUUGCUUUGCAUGUACCAAGUUCCGCCAUGAGAUUGCUGUGAGUUUUGAAAGACUUAAUGAUAGACUGAAAGAGAUUAAAGAUGAUAGUGAAAUAAUAGCAGGAUUAGUGCCCUUAAUUAGCCAUCAACGGUCGCAAGAUCAUCCCACAAGUCAACGUUUGACCACUUCUUUAGAGGUUAAGGCUGACAUCGUAGGGGCCAAGAUUGAAAAUGAUGCACAAACUCUCAUCCGCAUGAUACUUGGCAUGGGUGGUAUUGGCAAGACCACUAUGGCUCAUAAAAUUUUCCAUGACGAACGAAUCAAGAAUAGUUUUCCAACGCGCGUAAGGAUCCAUGUGUCCAAGAAUUACAAAGGAAUAGAGCUACUCAAGCAACUAUUGAAGAACGCAAAAGGGAGUGAUGAUGAAGCUCAAAGCAUACAAGAACUAGAAUCCAAACUUGUUGGUGCUCUGGUUAACAGAUUCUUCCUUGUGCUUGAUGAUGUUUGGAGCGUAAAUGCGUGGAGAGAUGUGGUAUUCGAGGACGAGGAGAACGAGAACCCUGAACUGGAUGAAAUGGCAACUAAAAUACUUAGAAAAUGCGAUGGGCUUCCUUUGGCAAUAAAGUUGAUCGCAGGAGUGCUGAUUUCCAAGAAAAGGACAAGGAGAGAUUGGGAAAGAGUCGUGGAAAGUGAUUCAUGGAGAAUGAGAAACAAUGAGGAUGAACUACCAAGAGCUUUGUACUUGAGCUAUGAGGAUUUGUCAUCCGUUCUCAAGCAGUGUUUCCUCUGCUGUGCUUCUUACGUUGACGUAUCAUUUACGGCUGACCUCGUCCGGCUUUGGAUUGCGGAAGGAUUGAUCAAUGCGCCAAAUGGUGAACUGAUGGAAGAGGUGGCCGAGGAUUAUUACAAAGAACUAGUUAUGAGAAAUCUUCUUCAGCUCGAUCCAAGAUCUGCAGACGAGACUCACUACUCCAUGCACGACCUUUUGCGAGCUCUUGGUACUAAUUUGAUCGGAGAUGAAGCACUUGUAAUCAGUGAUGGCCGAGUUGCAGACACAAACCCAAACCCAUCAACACAGAUUCGUCGACUGUGGAUGUCAAGCAAAGGAGACACGCUAAGGCUUCCUGGCGCAGUUCUUGAGCAGAAGAGUCUGAGAGUCUUGCAACUUUACGAUUGCCCUGAAACAAAGACAAUCGAAGACGAGGCAGCUGCACUCCCAGCAUUAAAGAAUCUUCGAGUAUUGGAUGUGUGCGAUACGCAGAUUGAACGUCUUCCAGAUUUCAUUUUCACGAAUCUGUUGCUUCUGAGAUACUUGGACCUUGACCGAACGAUGAUAUAUGAGAUACCUGAAUCCAUAGGGCGCCUUGCGAACCUGCAGACUUUGAACAUCGCCGAGUGCGAGUCGCUGCGCAGCAUUCCUAAGGCCGUCACGAGCUUGGGUAUGCUAAGGUGUCUGCGAGUUGAAGGAACACCGUUGACUCAUUUGCCCAGAGGAAUGGGAAGCUUGACAAACCUUAAUCACAUCGAAGGAUUCGUCGUCGGCCAUGGUGAUUUGCCGACCAACGUGGACGACGGGUGUGACAUGGAAGAGCUGCGGUCUCUGUCCAAUCUCAGAUAUCUGACCGCCAGUAAGCUGGAAAGGGCAACAUUAAUGGCCGGACCCUUGGUGCUCGAGAACAAACCACUUCUCAGGCAUCUGUCUUUGUCAUGGACGAAUCGAGAACAGCGAGAUGACGGCGAAAAAGAAGCUGCUGAGAAGACAUGCAGCGGACUGCUUCCUCCGUCGAGCCUGGAGGAACUUACUCUCCACAACUUCCCAGGCCGGCGAUUUCCCAACUGGAUGAUGUCGACGUCGUCGGGGACUUCGUUUCCUCACCUCGAAUUCCUGAUUCUCCGCAAUUUCCCCUGCUGCACGGAGCUCCCGCCGCUGGGGCAGCUGCCUCGGCUGAAAUUCCUGAAGAUCGAAGAAGCGUCGGCGGUAAGAAAGGUCGGGCCUGAGUUUCUCGGCGUCUGUUUCCCUCAAGCCGUGGCAUUUCCAAGACUCGAAUUCCUGAAAUUCACGGGCAUGCCGAAUUGGGAAGAGUGGACGUUGUACGCUGCGUCCGAGGAGGUCGGAGCAAUACAAGAAAGAAGCCUGAAGCUGUUUUCAAGAUUGGCACGGUGCACAUUUACGGGCUGCCCAAAGCUCAGAGGACUUCCGGAGAGCAUCUACUGCGCCGCCAGACUGAAGACUGUCGUCGUUUCUACCCGCGAUCAGUUGAGUGAGGUUGAAUUCAGAAGGCGAGAGACAAUGGAAAUGGACGAUUGCCCUGAUUUGAUCCUCGCACGGGACUCGACUGAACUCCCACACUGGCUUUUGGAUCGUAUCGACAGGGAAAGGGAAGAGAAGAACAGUGUGCUGCCUUCCCGUACGGUCAUCACGGUGAAGGCACAUGAAAUCAUCAUUCAGCAAAAUCGACCAGUAGAAGCCGUUUGA